AUGGAUGCAGCACCGGCGAUUCGUUGCCAGUUCAUGGAGUUAGGAAAUAGAAGUUUAGCGAGGGUGCAGUCCAACUAUUGAAUCUGAAAUGAUAGUAACUAUUAUUACUCUGCCGAUGAUCUUUUUGAACGACCAGCUAGAAAUUUUUCAACGCCGCGAAGAGCGAGUUGACAAGUUGUCUCUAAAAUUGUCAGGGUGGUAUGCACUGCAAUAAUUUGGCAUCUGGGCCCAGUGAACAUAAAACUUCCUUUCACAGAGAAUGAAAUGAAGAAACUGGUGGCACAAAAAAAAAGCUCAUGUUAUUCCACAAUGUCUUGGGGCAAUAGAUGGGACUCACAUGGAGAUCAAACAACACGCAAUAAAUAUAACAGACCACAGAGAUCUACAUAAACCGAAUUCGAAGACCGCGUUAUAAUUUAAAUUUCCAUGAAGUAUUAAUCCUUAUUAAUCAACUGGAUAAUCAACGUUUAAAAAUGCAACCAAAUUUCUAUUCAAUAAUUUAUUAUUUAUACGAUCUAGGUGUUGCCUACCUUCAUUAAGUUCAGUAUGGUAAUAUUGGCGUGCCUGAUAAUUAUUCAGUUACCCUGAUUAGAUUCGCAUGACACAUUCGAUUUACGCUAUGAUUGUAAGCAAAUUAAUUGUUAAUUUCGUUGUCUAAGGUUUUCAGAGCUUAAGGAAUUUUUUGUUUAUAGCCAAUUAAGCUUCUAAGCUGCGGAUGUGUGACUUUCAAGUUUUUCGCAAAACUAUUUAAUUGUAUCCGGUAUCAGCGACCCGAGCAACAGAAUGAUGCUCAACCUGCUAUUGGCUUUCUUUGAUCAUCUGUUCUCUUAAAAUCAUUAUGAAAAAAGUAGCCAAAAAAUACCGGGCCAGAGAGGGACAUAAAAUGGAAAAUUGACUAACAUAUUUAAAGGCACUUUAAAUGGCUGAAAGGCUUCCGCUCUUGUCGCUUAAUUUUGUGGCAGGAGGUAACCAAUAGUAUACCCUUCGUUUUAGUUUUGUUUUGUUUCAGACACUUUAAACGACUGAAAGGCUUCUGCUCCUGUCACUUAAUUUUGUGGGAGGAGGUAACCCAGAGUAUACCCUUUUUUUUAGUUUUGUUUUGUUUAAGACACUUUAAACAACUGAAAGGCUUCCGCUCCUGUCACUAAUUUUGUGGGAUGGGGUAACCCAGAGUAUACGUAUACCCUUUGUUUUAGUUUUGUUUUGUUUAAGACACUUUAAACAACUGAAAGGCUUCCGCUCCUGUCACUAAUUUUGUGGGAUGGGGUAACCCAGAGUAUACCCUUUGUUUUAGUUUUGUUUUGUUUAAGACACUUUAAACAACUGAAAGGCUUCCGCUCCUGUCACUUAAUUUUGUGGGAUGGGGUAACCCAAAGCAUGCCCUUUGUUUUGGAAGCAUAGCGUAGCCAAAACAACUCGUCUGCUGCUUUUAAUUAGGAAUUUCACUUCUGGCCGAACUUGGUUGUAGUCACGGAACGUCAUCAACGUACUAUAUCGAUACCUUAACUAAUUGGAAUUUUUGACACAAUGAAUAAGACCAUCAUUUUCGUGAAACAAAGUUUAAUGGAUACAUCACAGACAUCCAAAAAAAUCUAACGAUUAAGGAAAUAUAUCGAAAACUCAAAGAAUUCAAGCUGAGAUGUCCUUGAGACCCUGAUUGACAUGAAUGGAUAACAAUGUGAGCAGCCACGCGCACUCAAAUCUUGUAUCUGCUAAUGUCACUAUAUUUCUUUCUCCUCUCUGACAUGAUGAAUGUUGAAAACGGAUACAUGAUGUAAAAAGGUCAGCUUUGGAACAGAUCUGUUGAGAUGCAAAUGUACAAUUAAAAUUGUAUAUUGAUUGUUUGCUGUUUAUUUCUGCUUGCUUUGGAUUGUGUAUAUUUAAAGUAGUGACUGAAAAUAUAUACACAUGUUAUCGAACGAUAAUUUAAGUUAUUUUCAACAUCUAAAAAACUGGCCAUAGGAGUAGCUUGACGGAGCAGCACAGGAAAUUGGAGAAAAAGGAGUUUAAAACUGACUGAUUAAUUUCUUUUACCUUUUUUGAAAUAAUGUUAUUCAUCGUUUUCUCGAGGAAGUGGGUGAUUUGCAAUUCUUUGAUGGAAAAAAUCAAAAAAUUAACCGAAACAUCGAUCGUCCACCCUAUUGGUUAGGAAAUAGAAACUGAUCACAUGGAGAGAAAACCGAUGUUCAAAUUAUACGGGAUAGGUAAACCCAAAUAAAAUAAAUCUAUUUAUGGCGAUGGACCAAACUAUCUAUCUGCUUACCUGCAAAGGUUUUCCGCGACCUGGAAGAUCAACGGUGGCCAUUUUAAAUGAUGAGGAAUAUUUGGUCGCGAACUUGACUGACAAAACUGAUUAUGCACUAGCUGAAAUAUACAAAUUUAACCCGUGUUUGUGUAUCGUAAGCUCGAGUGCAGGUAUAAUUUUUUUUUCUUACCGUGUUUUUGACAAAGUUAGUCAAGAUAGAAAACAUUGCAACUCGAGCCUUUUCAAUACAGCUAGUUAUUCUGCUUCCCUUUUAAAACCGACUAUUUGUUUGAGGUGAGUUAAGAAUUAACUUGGUGGUAUUUGAACCACCAAGUACUACUCUAUGGAUUACAAUAAACAAUAGGUUGUUUGCUCAGUUAUUUUGUAAAGUGUAAUAUUCUAGAAUGAAUCAUUUUCAACCGGGCUACAUUCCAUGACAAAAUUAAACAAAAAAUCUGGACCCAUCAGAUGAUGUCGUCAAUGGGCUUCUCAAAAAAAGGCACGCAUUAGAUCUAAAUUUGAAUGACCGCAAAUGUGUGCAUGCAGUAGUGUCGUUUUAUACUCGGGAUAAUGCCGUCACGCACAGGAACGCAGUGGCUGCUUAGAAUUACCUGGUGAGAGAAAGAGUAAAUUUUUUUGAAAUGUCACAAUGCACUUUUCCAAUCUUUCAUAUUUUAUAAAAAGCUAAAAAGUCUUCAUAUGUUCAAUCGUUGCGGUGAGGCCGUGGGACACUGAAUUGUUUAAAUGCGUUUUCAGUUAUUCUGUAUAACUCACGCACAUUUAGGGCACCGAACCAAGGAGAGAUUUGGUUUUGUUCGGCCCAACCAUAAAAGUGGUUAUAAGAGGCAGUCCCGCGUCCGCUAAAACAUGUGCAGAUAUAUAAGAGAUGAAGAAUAUGAUAGAAAGUACGAUGACAAAAAUAAAAAAGGCAUUAUCAUACAAUUGUCUCACUUUUUUACGAAAAACGCUCGUCUUGUUCUUGUGGAUGUCGUCUUCUUGCAGUUACACCGCCGACGAUUGUAUAUCCGUGAUGUUCCGUCCUUUCCACGGCUCCGCUACGACGAGGAGUGGGUUCCCUAGCUGUUCCUAAGGCAUUCUGAUCCUGAACAGUUCUUGUGGGAUUUGUAACAGCUCCUUGAUUCCCUGGUGCCUGCAUUUUUCUUACCAUGUGGAGGAGUUUGAUAAUACAGCACGUUACCACAACCAUCAAGAUGAAGCAAGCAGCAUAAAGUGGCUCAGUCUCCAUAACGGUUUAGUUCCUGCGGCAAAAUUGAUACAAGCCUCUAAAGGAGAGCCCAGCAAGGAAAUUAAAUGGUUUUUGAAUGAAAAAUAGAACUUCUUACUUAUUCUCACCUCGCCCCUCCAGAUACACGACGGUUUGUGUUUAUAAGUACGGGCCUAAUCGAUUGUGGUAGCGAACUGAUGGAAGAGGAGGGUUUAAAAAGAAUGAUCGCCCGCUGCGGUCAUGCACAGUAUAUGAUAAACGAAAUAUGUUAUACACAUAGUAUAUGAUAAACUAAACAUUCCUAAUUCUAAAAAUGAUCAUCUCCUGAGGUUUCCUACCGUCCGUUCUUCAGGAAAUAAGAUUACCUUAACUGGUAUACUAAAGAUUCCUUAUACUGUUCUUAUAGGCCGCUCUACUUAACCUUAAAACAGAAUGAUAAACAUCAUCGGUAGAAACAGAUUAGUAAUUUUGCAACGUACAGCUAAAAUCUAUCUACAGGAGUAGCAUGAUAGAGGUGCAAGGGUUAUUAGAACGAAUUAUGUCAAAACUGUAUAUCAGCAUUAGCCUGCAUAGUUGGUGGUAGGCUGCGUAGCUGGUAAAAGUUUGUGUGCUCUCUGAAGCGUAGAAGACCCGUAAAAGGCAGAGCGUUUGGAGGCCUGGCAUCGCUCCAAGAUCAUCAGGCUCCAAAAAACCGCAAGCUGCGUAGUUAUCGACGUUAAGGAGGCUAGAGGUUAAAUUUUGUUCAACGCACAACUGUAUUUGUUUGGAACACAAAUACACUGUAAUGAUAUGCAAGACUGAUCGCUAUCGCUGUCACUUUCAGCUUUUGGAACUGUGGGCGGAGGUUAAACAUUAAUUCAAGUUUCACUUCAGGCGGAGUCACGGACUUUUUAUUGAUCAGUUCUGGGCGUGAUUGUUUCUCAGGUCUCCUGCAUUUAUGAGUUUGAUGCCAACAUACAGAUUUUUUAACUUAGAUUCCGCUUUUUAAAUGUUUAGCUGGGCUUUGACUUGGAUUACGGUCAACUACGCUGAUUUUAACCCGAAAUACGAUUUAUUGUUUUUCGUAAUUAUAUCUUGCGGGGCGGGCCGCUUUUGUUAAAGUACAAGCAGCCGGAUGCAUGAAAAAGUAAAGAGGUCAAUGCGGGUGCCAAAUUUAACUUUCACGCAGACGCCCGAGGAAGUUCACCCUUGCAAUGAUCUAGAAUAAACAACUCUUAUUGUAGGAAAAAUCUCAGCAUUUGCUUUAGAUGUAGUUCAGAGAUAAGAGAGAAAUUUAAUCGGUUUACAAGAAGAAUAAUACAUAUUAUCGAUUUCACAAAGCAAUCUGAGCCUCGUGUGUAUUUGAAAAAGGAAUGUAACUAAUAUAUUAACAUUAGAAGGCUUGGAAUGACUGACAAUGAAAAGCGGAUCAGAAGUUUAAUCGCUAAAUGAUCAGUUGUGGCUUGAUGAACUUGAUGCUCAUCAAUGUGAAUGCCAGCGUCUGGGGGAAACAGAAGAUUCUCAAAUCCCUCUUGUUGUGGAAGAUAUCGAUGGUGUGUUUCGUGAAAUAGUGCGAACGCAUGACAAUAUCGAAACCGAAAGUGAAGACAACAGCACUGUUUCUCUGCUUUGUGAAAUCUGUGACGAACUGCGUCCAUCUGAUAAAUUGAUGGAACACCAGGAACAAUGUAUCCAAGAGAGAGAAGGCGUUCAGGGUUCUGGUUCAGCCUCCGAAAAUGGAGGGAUCUACCUCACUUCCGGUUCUCGAGACUUCAUGAGAAUAUUUUGA